AGGUAAUGAUGACCUUACAUCCCCACACAAAAACCAGAGAGGCAGUUGUGGUCGGUUGGCAACUUCAGUUCCAGACUAUCACUGUAAGAAGAAUGGAUAUAAGACACCAUCCACCUGAUGAAACGAGCAAUAGAGAGGAGCACAGGGAAAAAUGUCUUUCAGGUCCCAAAGUCUUACGGUUGGUUGGAAUCAUCCUUGGCCUGCUGGUCAUUAUUCAAUGCGCUGUCAGUAUUUUACUUAAGCAACAAGCCGCUGGGUGUACCAACGGGUUCAACAACAACUCGACUACCAAUUUCACCAUCAUGUCAGCUGAUGACAACAGAGACCUGGUUUUAGAGCGAGAUCGACUGCUCAAAGAAAAUGACAGACUGAAUGGAAAGAAAGACAAACUGAAUCAAGAGAAAAAUCAACUGCUCCAAGAGAAUAACAAACUGAAUCAAGAGAAAAAUCAGCUGCUCCAAGAGAAUGACAAAUGGAAUCAAGAGAAAAAUAAACUGAAUCAAGAGAAAGAUCAACUGCUCCAAGAGAAAGAUCAGUUGCUCCAAGAGAAUAACAAACUGAAACAAGACAGAAAUAAAUUGAAUCUAAAGAAAGACAAACUGAAACAAGCCAAAAAUAAAUUAAAUCAAGAGAAAAAUCAACUGAAUCAAGAGAAAGACAAACUGAAUCAACAGAAAAAUCAACUGCUCCAAGAGAAAGAUCAGUUGCUCCAAGAGAAUAACAAACUGAAUCAAGAGAAAAAUCUAUUGAAUCAAGAGAAAGACAAACUGGAUCAAGAGAAGAAUCAACUGAUCCAAGAGAAAGACCAGUUGCUCCAAGAGAAAGACAAAGUGAAUCAAGAGAAAAAUCAACUGCUACAAGAGAAAGAUCAGUUGCGCCAAGAGAAUAACAAACUGAAACAAGACAGAAAUAAAUUGAAUCAAGAUAAAGACAAACUUAAUCAAGAGAAAAAUCAAUUGAAUCAAGAGAAAAAUCAAUUGCUCCAAGAGAAUGGCAAACUGAAACAAGACACAAAUAAAUUGAAUCAAGAGAAAGAUCAGUUGCUCCAAGAGAAAGACAAAAUCAAUCAAGAGAAAAAUCAACUGCUCCAAGAGAAAGAUCAAUUGAAUCAAGAGAAAAAUCAACUGAAUCAAGAUAAACAUCAAUUGCUCCAAGAGAAUGACAAACGGAAUCAAGAGAAAAAUAAAUUGAAUCAAGAGAAAGAUAAACUGUUCCAAGAGAAAGAUCAGUUGCUCCAAGAGAAUAACAAACUGAAACAAGACAGAAAUAAAUUGAAUCAAGAGAAAGACAAAGUGAAUCAAGAGAAAAAUCAACUGAAUCAAGAUAAAGAUCAACUGAAUCAAGAGAAAGUAAAACUGAAGCAAGAGAAAAAUCAACUGCUCCAAGAGAAAGAUCAAUUGAAUCAAGAGAAAAAUCAACUGAAUCUAGAUAAACAUCAAUUGCUCCAAGGAUGA